AUGGCAACCGCUCCAACCUCUCAAAGCUCGGCCUCGACGUCCACAAGCGAUCUCCACAAACCCCCGUUGCCGGUCAUUGAGGAUGAGAAGCGAUACGAAGAGAAAGAUAUCCCCGUCCGACAGAACUCCAGCCCCCCUCAAUCCAUUGCAGUUGAAAAAGCUGUUCUCGAGAAAAAUGUCGAGGACGAGGAGCUGGGGCGUGAAAUCUCUCGGAUCGACACGUCCGACUACCCCUCUGCCUUCCCUCUGGCCAUGAUCGUUGUGGCACUUGCUUGCAGUAUCUUCCUCGUGGCACUGGACAUGACCAUUGUGGCCACGGCCAUCCCUCGAAUCACUGAUCAAUUCCAUUCCCUAGAUCAAGUCGGCUGGUAUGGCAGUGGUUUCUUCUUGACCAUUGGCUCCUUCCAGGCGACAUGGGGCAAGUUGUACAAGUACUUCCCUCUCAAGAUCUCGUAUCUGGCAAGCAUCUUCAUCUUCGAAUUGGGGUCCCUCAUCUGUGGUGUCGCCAACAGUUCCACCACUUUGAUCGUGGGAAGAGCUAUCGCAGGCAUGGGCGGAGCAGGUAUCGCAUCAGGCUCAUACACCAUCAUUGCCUUCUCCGCUCCACCCAAGCAACGCCCUGCUUUCACCGGUGUCAUGGGUGCCACCUUCGGCGUUGCAUCUGUCAUCGGCCCCCUUCUGGGUGGUGUCUUCACGGACAACCUUACCUGGAGAUGGUGCUUCUAUAUCAACCUGCCCAUCGGCGGCGUCGCUGCGGCCAUUAUCCUUGCGUUUUUCCGCACUCCCAAAGCUGCCCGCCCUCAAGCCGCUCCUUUGAAAGAGAAACUGCUACAAAUGGAUUUCCCUGGGACAUUCACUCUCAUGGCCGCGAUCGUCUGCUACCUGCUCGCCAUGCAGUGGGGUGGAGCGACGAAGCCGUGGUCAUCUGGCUCUGUCAUCGCCGUUCUGGUUCUCUUCGGCGUCCUCCUCAUUGUCUUUGUGGCCAUCGAGUACUACUCCGGCGACCGUGCCUUGCUUCAGCCCCGCCUGCUCAAAGACCGAACCAUUGGCGCCAUGUCCGCCUACAUCUUUACCGUGGCAGGAUCCUUCUUCGUCCUCUUGUACUACCUGCCCAUCUACUUCCAAGCCACACGCGGCAUCUCCGCCGCCAAGUCUGGCAUCGACAAUCUCCCGCUGGUGCUUGGUGCCUCACUCCUGACAGUCUUCUCUGGCGGCCUUCUCACGGUAUGGGGCCAAUAUAUCCCUCUCAUGGCACUCGGAUCAAUCCUCGCCUCGGUCGGUUCAGGCAUGAUCUACACUCUGGAAAUCCACUCUGGAUCCAGCAAAUGGAUCGGAUACCAAGCCCUCGUUGGCAUCGGACUGGGACUGAUUUUCCAGAUCCCCGUGAUCGUGGGUCAGGCGAUCGUCAAGCCCUCGGACCUCAGCUCCGUGUCCGCCAUCAUCCUGUUCUUCCAGACCAUCGGCGGCGCCGUGUUCAUCUCGGCCGCGCAGGCCGGCUUCACCAACAAGAUGCUCCACGAACUGCCCAUCAAGGCGCCGCGCGUGGAUGCAGCCCUGGUGCUGGCGACCGGUGCCACCGACCUGAGAAAGGUGUUUGACGCGAGUGACAUCCCCGGGAUCCUCGCCGCGUACAUGGAUGGCUUACGCGUGCCGUUUGCGAUCUGUAUCGCGUGUGCGUGUCUUACCUUCUUCCUGAGCUUUGCGCCCAAAUGGGAGAGCAUCAAGGGCAAGGUGCGACUGGACGGGGGUGCAGCGUGA